AUGGUCGCACACUCAGAUGAUGAGAAAUUGAUGAUGCACUACUUUCAAGAUAGCUUGACUAGAGCAAUUAUCAGAUGGUAUAUUCAGCAAGAUCGAGCUCGAAUUUGCACCUGGAAAGAUCUGGAAAAUGCUUUUAUAGCUCAGUACCGCCAUGUGACUGAAAAGGCACCUAAUCACAUGACCCUACAUAGUAUGGAAAUGAAGCCUAACGAAACGUUCAAGGAAUAUGCGUACAGAUGGAGGGACAUGGCCAUCCAAGUGAGCCCUCCAGUAAAAGAUAGGGAGGCUAUGUCCUUAUUUGCUAGCACCUUGAAGGAGCCAUACUUCAGACAUUUUCUAGGGGUGACCCCUCAUGAUUUCGUGGACAUAGUGUCGAUAGGGGAAAGGAUUGAAAUAGACAUCAAGAUAGGCAAGGCUAAGGGCUUAGGUCCAGACUCAUAUUCAAGUAAGAAAUGGGAGUUGUCGCAAGCUGAAGGAGGGCUCGGGGCUGCUUCGGGGAGAUGUGGUGCUGUGAUAGAGGCCGGAGCUGGUGCUGUGGAAGAUGGUAGGGCUCUCGGGUCCUGCUGUAGUUCUGGGAGGAGAAGUUUCUGGUGCUCCAAUGGAAGGAAAGGCAGAGGAUCCGGCGCUGGUGUGCCUAUCUCGUGGCUGUGCUGGUAUGCCAGCAGCAGGGGGGAGCUGGUUCGUGGGCUGGAGAAGACACACGACUGCUGUGGCUUUGAGAGGUUGCAGAGAGUAGAGCAGAGGGGCAGAGGGAAAUUUGGGAAGAGGGAGAUUGACCAGGGAGCAGGGAGCUGGGAGUUGAGAGAAUAA